UUGUCCGCGACAACAGUAACUAUCAGAGAGGUAAAAACUUGAGAGAAAGUAACCGGAGCAAAGUCGGUUAUUUCUUCAAUUUUUUUUCUUUUAAUCAAUCCGUCCCUGACCUCAUAAAUUAUUUGUCAUUUACUGCUUAAAUUCUCUUUUUUUGUUUAUAAUUUUUAUUCUACACUUUCUCUUUCGCUCAAUCGACCUGUCCGAAGCCAAUUUGCUAUAUCCUCUCGUUUUUUGGAUCGAUUUCUCCAAAUUCUGAUCGCGUUUUUCUAAUGUUAUAAUCAGCUUUAAGCUUGAAGAUGGGAGCAGAAAAGAACUUCAUUGACAUGGAGGAGGGAACUCUGGAGAUCGGAAUGGAGUAUAGAACUGUGUCCGGUGUUGCAGGACCAUUAGUCAUUCUUGACAAAGUUAAGGGCCCAAAGUAUCAGGAGAUUGUCAAUAUUCGUUUAGGAGAUGGAACAACUAGACGUGGUCAAGUCUUGGAAGUUGAUGGAGAGAAAGCAGUUGUGCAGGUUUUUGAAGGAACAUCUGGAAUUGACAACAAAUACACAACUGUGCAAUUUACUGGAGAGGUUUUGAAAACUCCUGUGUCAUCGGAUAUGCUAGGGCGCAUAUUUAACGGCUCUGGAAAACCCAUUGAUAAUGGCCCUCCUAUUUUGCCUGAGGCAUACCUUGAUAUUUCUGGGAGUUCUAUCAAUCCUAGCGAGAGAACUUACCCUGAAGAGAUGAUUCAGACGGGGAUAUCAACGAUUGAUGUCAUGAACUCUAUUGCUCGUGGACAGAAGAUUCCUCUUUUUUCUGCUGCUGGUCUUCCUCAUAAUGAAAUAGCUGCUCAAAUUUGUCGUCAGGCGGGUCUCGUAAAGUGGUUGGAAAAGUCUGAUAAUCUCCUUGAUGAUCAGGAUGAAGACAAUUUUGCCAUUGUGUUCGCUGCUAUGGGGGUGAACAUGGAGACAGCUCAAUUUUUUAAGAGAGAUUUUGAGGAAAAUGGAUCUAUGGAAAGAGUGACCCUUUUCUUGAACCUGGCCAAUGACCCCACAAUUGAACGAAUUAUCACACCUCGAAUUGCCCUCACAACUGCAGAGUACUUGGCUUAUGAAUGUGGGAAACAUGUUCUGGUUAUAUUGACAGACAUGAGUUCUUAUGCAGAUGCUCUUCGUGAGGUAUCUGCUGCCCGUGAAGAAGUCCCUGGAAGGCGUGGGUAUCCUGGUUAUAUGUAUACUGAUUUAGCAACAAUUUAUGAACGUGCAGGACGUAUCGAAGGAAGAAAAGGUUCCAUCACUCAGAUUCCUAUUUUGACCAUGCCUAAUGAUGAUAUCACACAUCCUACACCUGAUCUUACUGGUUAUAUUACUGAAGGGCAGAUAUACAUUGAUAGACAACUCUACAAUCGACAGAUAUACCCACCAAUUAAUGUACUCCCUUCACUUUCUCGAUUAAUGAAGAGUGCUAUUGGUGAGGGGAUGACUCGUAGAGAUCAUGCUGAUGUGUCCAACCAGCUAUACGCAAAUUAUGCCAUUGGAAAAGAUGUUCAAGCAAUGAAAGCUGUGGUUGGAGAGGAAGCACUUUCUUCUGAGGAUCUGCUCUACCUGGAGUUCCUAGAUAAAUUUGAGAGAAAAUUCGUGACUCAAGGGGCUUAUGAUACUCGCAACAUCUUCCAGUCACUUGAUUUAGCAUGGACUUUGCUUCGUAUCUUCCCGCGUGAACUUCUCCACCGUAUACCUGCAAAGACGCUUGAUCAGUACUACAGUCGUGAUGCAACAAGCUGAGCCGAUAAAUCAAAUGUGCCCAUUGCUUAUCUACAUCAUGUCAAUUUUCAUUGGAAUUAUGUCGCCUUAAAGUUGUUUCACCUAAAACAGUUGCCUUUGUUGCAUGGCCUCAACGGAACUCAGUGUCAGUGAAUGGUUUCUCAACUACUGCAGUUCACUACAUAUGUUUCUUUCGAGAUACGAUUUCAUUUAACUUUCGAUAAAGUUCAUGCCCUGUGAUUAUUUAGUCUCAAGUAUUCUUUGUUUUGGGAACGUUAUUUUGAGGUUGUGAUUUUGUCAUUCAAACCGGCUGCUAUGAGUUGAAUUGCCAGGAAAAAGACGGGAGUUGGAAUAA